AUGAUGCAGGAGAUAAUACCGGAUUUUCUUGAAGAGUGUGAAUUUGUCGACACUUCACUAGCCGGAGAUGAUCUAUUUGCCAUCUUAGAGAGUCUUGAAGGUGGCGGAGAAAUAUCUCCGGCGGCUGCAUCUACACCUAAAGAUGGAACCACAACUUCGAAAGAGUUAGUAAAGGAUCAAAACUAUGAAACCUCAUCUCGUAAGAGGAAGAGGCAAAGACUAACCGAGAAAGAAGAGGAAGACGAAGAAGAAGAUGGAGAAGGAGAAGGAGAAGAGGGAGAAGAAGAGAAUAAGCAAGAUGGGCAACAAAAGAUGUCUCAUGUAACCGUGGAACGUAACAGAAGAAAGCAAAUGAACGAGCACUUAACUGUUCUACGUUCUCUUAUGCCUUGUUUCUACGUCAAAAGGGGGGACCAAGCAUCGAUCAUAGGAGGAGUUGUGGAAUACAUAAGCGAGCUACAACAAGUUCUUCAAUCUUUAGAAGCCAAGAAACAACGUAAGACUUACGCGGAAGUUCUAAGCCCGAGACUAGUCCCGAGUCCACGACCUUCACCGCCUGUCCUAAGCCCGCGAAAACCGCCUCUUAGCCCGCACAUCAACCACCACCAGCUACACCACCACCUCCUUCUCCCUCCCAUAAGCCCUCGAACCCCUCAGCCCACAAGCCCAUACCGGGUCCAUCCGCCGCAACUACCACCCAUCCCACAGCCUCCUCUUCGUUCUUACAGCUCAUUGGCCGCUUGUAGCAGCUUAGGGGACCCACCUCCUUACUCUCCGGCUUCAUCUUCUUCCUCUCCUUCAGUCAGUAGUAAUCAUGAGAGUAGUGUGAUAAAUGAGCUCGUUGCUAACUCAAAAUCGGCUUUGGCUGACGUGGAAGUUAAGUUCUCAGGAGCUAACGUGCUGCUCAAAACGGUGUCACAUAAGAUACCGGGACAGGUUAUGAAGAUAAUCGCUGCUCUUGAGGAUUUGGCUCUCGAGAUUCUUCAGGUUAAUAUUAACACUGUCGACGAAACCAUGCUUAACUCUUUCACCAUCAAGAUUGGAAUUGAGUGCCAACUAAGCGCAGAAGAACUGGCUCAACAAAUUCAGCAAACAUUCUGCUAA